AUGAGCGCCAACCCCCAGUGGGACGUCAGCAGGGCGCUGGGGGUGGCCCGGCUCUUCCACCUGGUGUGCGGGGUCCGGGACGCCUGCGUGGCCCCGUUCCUGACGCUGUACCUGCGGCAGCUGGGCCUGUCCGCGCCCUGGGUGGGCAUCCUCAUGGGGACCAAGCACCUGGUGGCGGCCUGCUGGGCUCCCUUCUGCACCUUCCUGGCCAGGAGCUACCAGAAGCGGCGGAUGCUCCUGCUCGGCUCGCUGCUGGGCUCGGCGGGGGCCGGCCUGCUCAUGGUCCUGGUCCCCCCUCUGGAUGGACACCCGGUGGACCGCGCUUGCAACGGGAGCCACGGCGUGCCCGCCACGGUCCCGCCACGGGGGACCCCGGGGGCCCCCACGAUCUCCGCCCCGGAGUGGACCUCCAGCCCGCCAGGGAGGACGGCAACUCCCGAAGCUUCGGGCCCGGGAAAUGGACCCCGCCAAGACGAUCUAGAACGUCUGAGGGGCUACUGGGUGGGCCCUAUGGAAGAAGCCAGGACUACCACCCGAGUUCCCGGGCCGGGUACUUCUGCAGGGAGAGACGCCGCAUGGGGGGGCGCGUUGGAGGUGGUGAAUUCCGCCCUGGCCCUGCUGCCCUUGGGGAGGGUGCCAGGAGCUCCAGCCAACCUGUCAGCGGCGGAGGAAGAAGCCCAGGUCCUGGGCCUCUCCCUGGAAGGGUUGCGAUGGACUUUCAUCCUCUCCUUGGGGUUCCUGGUGUUCUGGGAGCUGCUCACCGCCCCUCUGGAGCAGGUGGCGGAUGACAGCCUUUAUGAAUACUUGGAUUUCGUGGACGCCACCGAUCGCUACCGAAACCUGUGGAUCUGGAGAUUGCUGGGCAUGGCAGCAGGGGUGUGUGGCAUCACCGCCUUGGUGGGGCAACUGGACUGCUUCCCCAUGACCAACGGCCCCCGGGGUUUGGUGCAUUUCUACAGCUACUCCCUGGUCAGUAUCCUGGCCUCGUUGGUGAGCAUCGCCUUCCCGGUCCCCCUCUCCCGGCGGCCGGAACCCAGCUACAAAACCGUCAAAGCGCUGUCUCUGCUCGGAGGCGAUGCCCGCCUCGUGCUCCUGGCUCUGACCGUCUUUCUGCUAGGAGCGGUGGCCAGUACGGUGCAGAACUUCCUGUUCUGGCACAUGAAAGACCACGGCAGCAGCGAGCUGAUCAUGGGGUUUUCUGUGGCCCUCAGCCUGCUGGGGGAACUCCUGCUCCAUCCAUUCAAAGCGGCCUUGCUCAAGAAACUGCCCCGGCUGGGCGUGAUGGGGCUGGGCCUGGGCUGCCUGGCGGGGCAGCUGCUGUACUACUCUUUCCUGUGGAGCUGGUGGUCCGUCCUGCCCGUGCAGAUCCUCGGGGCCAUCAGCAGAGGGGCCCUGUGGUGGGCCGUGGCGGCCUCCAUAGAGGAGGGAGCCACCCCGGGCACCGAGAGACCUCUGGGUACCAUGUUCCAGGGCCACUUUUACGGAGGUGGCUGUAGUUUGGGCAGCUUCAUAGGGGGCUUCGUGGUGAUGCGUUUCAACCUGGUUGUGCUCUACCGGUCCUGCUGCGUGAUCCUGUUGGUCUGGCUGGCCUUGUUCCUGUCCAUCCAACCCAGGCUGCCCAAAGGGCGGAAAAUCAACUACUCGAAGCUGUUAGCUGUGGAGGGGAGCGACACCAGCGACUCUGAGCAGGGGUCUGAGCGGGACUGGCUGGUGAAGGCCAUGAAGGAGGAGCACUCGAGCUGGAAGGGCUGAGUGGGUCACAGCACCCUCACCAGGAAAAGGCACUAAGGAAUUGGACAGACUUUUGUCCAAUCAGGAGCCCGGAUCCGCGGAGGCUGGAAUCCCUCCCUGGAUCACUGGGAAAGCCUUGGGGAACAGAAGCCAUGUGUAUG